CACUCACCACCCAUCACCAACAACCAUGGACGACUCGGGCCCCGUCGCCUCGAGCUCGACACUACACCUUCUCGACCCCGCCGGCCUCCUCUCCGCCCCCGCUCGCGCCCUCACAUCCGAAGUAGUCCUCGCCUCCCUCGAUGCCCUCCCCCCUGUUGUGCGCCUCAUCACGGCCGCCAACCUCGUCCUCUCCGGACGAGUGUACGACCAGACACUCCUGCGCCGCGUGAUCGAUGCAGGCUUGAAUGCUGGAGAGGAGGAGACUCUACUUCUCGAGGGCGAUGUGCGCGCGCGUCUCGAGUCAGCGACGAAAGCGCCGGGCGGGUGGGAAGGGUGGGGCCUCGCGGACGUGUUCGAGGCAACUGAGGCCGCCGUGCAGGACAGUGCGCGGAGAGAGCUUGUGCGCGCCCUUGCAAUUCUGGCGCAGGCCCGACGGCGGCUCGAUACCUAUGACGCCUUCUGUCCUCCACGCACCGCGGCGUCAGCAGCGACGAAAACGCCGACGAUCGAGGACAUCGAGCUCGACGACCCAUGGGGCGAGGACGACGACGGCGACAAUGUACCGCCCAUGCUCGACGAUCCGUGGGCUGACCAAGCCUCGGAACCACCCACGCCCCCGCAGCCCCCCAAACCCCUCCCCGAACCCUCCGAGCCGCCAAUAGACCCCAGCACCUUUGUGCUGCAGCCCAUCACGCUGUCGGCGCUCAAUUUCGCCACAGUCGCGGACGUGCGCGCGCUGCGCAUCGUGUGCCAGCGCCACGGCUCAGACCUGUAUCCGUACCGCCUGGCGAUUGUUGAAGCGAUCCCCGGCUGGGUCUCGCCUGCCGAGGACGACGUGCAGAACCUCCUCCCCGGCGUGUGGGAGGACAGCGAGCACGAGCGCUGGCCGACCGGGCGGCUCGAGCACGAGAACACACUUCUUGACGCCCUCGCCACAAAAUACGGACUGUACGCACUCAACCCUCCGCCCGCCGCCCUCCUGCCCCCCGCCCACCCCGAGCCGCUGACCUCUGAGGCCUUGAGCGCAUGGUACGCCGUGCGCGUGGGCAGCCUCGACGCCCUGGGCCUCCUCGACGCGCAGCUCGCAUGGGUGCAGCACGGCGCGGCGCUCGGUGUGCCCGCGCUCGACGCGAUCGGGGAGGACCUCAGCCUCCUCUCGCGCCUGAUUUACGACGCCAACCUCUCCCCCGCCGAGCUCGGGCGCUGGAACCUCGCGACAUGGAGAGCGGCGCAGCCCGAAGCCAUUGUGCGCGCCUACCUCGCCAACUCGACGCCAGCCAGCAUCGUGGGCGACAUCCGUCGCCUCGUCCUCCCCUACCUCUACGUGCUGGAGAGCCGUGCCGAGCGGGCUGGCAAGGCGGACGCCGGCCUCGUGGAGCGCAUGCUCGACGGCGCAAUCCUCGACCUCUCGCUGCACCUCGCGCUCCCCUGCUUCGAAGCGAGCAAAGCGACGCUGCCCGCCUCCCAACGCCUGAUCAAAGACGACCAAUCCGUGGCACGCCUAGCCCUGGCCGUGCUGUACGGCAGCGACGAGAGCGCGUGGCCGACCAUGUCGGCGAUCUUUGAGUGUCUGCCCGUGUGGGACGUGGCGGGCCGGGACGCCGACAGCGACCGCGAAGCGAUGGAGACGACGCUCGACUCGCUCGCGGCCUUCGUCCGCCCCACCGUCGCCGGCGAAACACACGACGCCCGCGCCCUCUUCUACUUCUUCAAGCCGCUGCCCUUCUCGUCCCUCUCGCGCGCGCUCGACAUCCUCGACGUACACCUCGAAAGCGGCGAGAUCCUCGCGCGCCACGACGUCCGCGUGCGCAUGCGCACGCUCCUGCAGUCGGCGCGCGACAAGGCCGAGCAGCGCACCCUCGCCGAGAAGAUGGUGCGGCGCGCGCGCCCCGACGAGCGCCAUUGGCUCGCGCUGUGGGAGGACAUGGGCCGCCUGCGCGGCGGAGAAGACACGCUGCUCCGCGGCGCGUUUGGUAUGCUCGAGCACGAGGAGGUCAUGCGCAUUUUCUUGCACGGCCUCUUGAGUUCGGGGAACUUUGCCGUCGCGAAAAAGGUCAUCCGUCGCCUGGAGCCAGAGGAGCUCUUCACCCCCGCAGACCUCGAGGAGAUUGUGCUCACCACGUCCAAAGAGUUCUACAUGCGCGCCGAGACGGGCAACAUCCACACGGGGGAUAUGAAGUUGGCUUACGAGUGCCUCUCCGUCGCGCCCCCCUCGCCCGCAAUCCGCGCCGAACAAGACUUCGUCCAAGCCACGUCCCGCGUGGCCUCCUUCAAAGCCCUGAGCGCCCUCACGCCCGCCGAAAUCCGGUACACCCCGAACAAGCUCGACCUCGUGCGCCGCGUCCUCGCGACCGACGACGCCUACCGGCACGCGGGCAUCAUCAUGGACCUGACCGCCAAGCUGGGAUACACGACGCCGGCGCCGCGCGCCAAAGUCCUCCGGAUGCUGGUGGACGCCGCGAUCGCGCAUUCCGACUGGGCGGUGGCGAAGGAGCACGUCGACGCCAUGGUCGCGAUGGCCGAGCCCGACUUGGGCGACGCGGAGGCGGCAGACGGGUGGGGGUGGGACGGGGACGGGGACGGGGACGGGGACGGGGACGAGGGCGAGGCGGUCUCGAAGACAGAUGCGGUGGGCGACGACGCCGCCGCAGUCCGCGACGUCACGUACCGCGCCUGCGUCGCGCUCGGCACUUCGAUCCCCGACGUCGGCGCGCGCCUCGCGCUCCUCGCGCAAGCGGUCGCGCUCGCGCCCGCGGCCGAGCUCGCAUCCAUCCUCCCGCUGUACCAUGAUCUCGAGGCGCAGGUCGCCGCGGACCCGGCGCUCCUGCGCCCGACUUCGCCGUCCGCGUCCGCGUCAGCGCCCGCGUUCCCCGCCCUCUCGUCCCUCCCCGUCGACACGGUAUUGGGGUCGCGGCGCGCGGCGAAGGCCGCGCGCAUGGCGUUCGACCUCGCCGGCCUCAACAUCCCCAGUCUGCGGCCGGGGAGCGCCAAGGGGAAAGUCGCGUCGCCGGUCGAGCGUACCGCGAGCAGGGGGAGUAUGGAGCGGCCGAGGGGCAGCUUUGAGAGUGGGAGGGGAGACGCCGCCGCACUCUUCGAUAGCGUCGACGAGCCGAGUGUGCGUGCCGGCGCGCGGCGCGCGCUCGUCAAAGGCGUCGGGUGGUUGUUGGGCGCCGACGAGAGCGAGCAGAUCUUGUAGCAGCAUACAUGAGGUAGUAAUGCAUAUGCAUGUGUACAACUGU